GCAUUCUUGUUCUGUUUGUCAAACCGUGCGGUUGUUGGCCAUCGCAACUCCGAAAACGAAAACUACCCGAAUUCGAAUUCGAAAUCACUGAAAUCUCCGAUUCGAUUCCCAGUUCCCGGUCACGGUCUCUCUCGCAAGCUUGCAUUAGUAAUAUUGCAUUUCUUAUUCUCAAAUACAAAUCCAAAUCCAACUCAACUCCAAUCCCACUUUAAGACGAGCGUCUCUCUGUCCCGACCAUUGCUAUUAAAUCUGCCAUUCAAUUCUGUUUUGUAUCUGUAACAAGUGCUUGGAGGCCAGUCUCGAUUUUCGAGUGUCGUUUCGCGCACCAGGAUCCGUACCCCAAACGGCCCGAUCCUGCAUCCGCAAAGAUAUCGGCUGACCAAGGAUUACCAUUACCGUUACCGUCGCCAUGAGUUUCCAUAAGAGCGACUCGCGGACGCCGCUGGCGCCCACAGAGUACACUAAAAUCCCGACGGUCGCUGCGGGCUACGGAGAAAACGAGAAACCCAAAGGCGGCAAAGGCGGUCAACCCAAGUUCAUCCGCUCGGACAUGGCCGACGUACCCGUCCAACAGGCGGCAGGGUCCACGCUUCCCCUGGUAAUCACUCGGAAAAAAGGAGACGACUCCGAGGAUGGCAACUAUAAUCCGUUUGAGCACCGCAAGGUGGAGCAUCCCACAUCGGACCUCGAGACAUUUGUGCACCUGCUGAAGGGAUCGCUGGGCUCUGGCAUUUUGGCCAUGCCGAUGGCCUUCUCCCACGCUGGCUUGUGGUUCGGAUUGGUGGCCACGUUCGCGGUGGGCACCCUGUGCACCUACUGCGUCCACAUCCUGGUCAAGUGCGCCCACAUCCUGUGCCGACGACGCAAGAUCCCGAUGAUGGGAUUCGCCGAUGUGGCCGAGCAGGCCUUCCUUGACGGACCGCCUGCCCUGAACCGCUGGUCGCGCUUCAUCCGGUUCAUGGUGAACACGUUUCUGGUGAUCGAUCUGCUGGGCUGCUGCUGUAUCUAUCUGGUGUUCGUGGCCACCAAUGUGGAGCAGGUGGUGCGGGUGUACAUGGAAACGGAGCUGAGCAUUAGGGUUUGGAUCAUGAUCGUGACGGCGCCGCUGAUCCUCAUGUGUCUGGUGCGAAACCUCAAGUUCCUCACGCCCUUCUCGAUGAUCGCCAACAUACUGAUGUUCGUGGGCAUCGUGAUAACCUUCAUCUAUAUGUUCACCGAUCUUCCUGCUCCCGUCGAACGUCCUGGCAUCGUGGCCGUGCCCGAGUGGCCGCUCUUCUUCGGCACCGUGAUCUUCGCCUUGGAGGGCAUCGGUGUAGUCAUGUCCCUGGAGAACGACAUGAAGAACCCCACCCACUUCAUUGGCUGCCCCUCGGUUCUGAAUCUGGGCAUGGGUCUGGUGAUCGCGCUGUACACUCUGGUUGGCUUCUUCGGCUUCUUGAAGUACGGCCCGGACACCCAGGCCAGCAUAACGCUGAACUUGCCACUGGAGGACAAGUUGGCCCAAUCCGUCAAGCUGAUGAUUGCCAUCGCCAUCUUCUUCACCUUCACCCUGCAAUUCUACGUGCCAGUCACGAUCUUGUGGAAGGGACUGGAGCACAAGAUCCGGCCGGAGAAACAGAAUAUCAGCGAGUACGGACUGCGUGUAUUUUUAGUGCUUCUUUGUGGAGGCAUUGCCGUGGCCCUGCCGAAUCUGGGGCCCUUCAUCUCGCUGAUCGGAGCAGUGUGCCUCAGUACGCUGGGCAUGAUCGUGCCGGCGAUAAUUGAGUUGGCCGUGUAUCACGAGGAUCCCGGGUACGGACGCUUCAACUGGCGGCUGUGGAAGAACUCCGGACUGAUACUGUUCGGCGUGGUGGGCUUCGUGGCCGGAACUUAUGUCAGCAUCAUCGAAUUCCACGCCGAGUUCAGCGGCGGCCACUGAGCUACUGCUAACAUUAAUUUAAAGUAGUCUUUAAUGAAACUCUUCUAAGCACAGGGAUGUCUAAGUUAAGUUUUUAACUAAUUUUAGGGCUAACCAAAGUUUUCUAGGACUCCGAAACCUCCCGCCUCGUCCCCCUGGUUAUCCUUUUUUCCUACCCGUCCCGCCCCUUCCACCGAUCCGAUCCCAGAUAUAUAUAUCCAUCAACCCUUUAGCGGGAUAACAGAAACCAAACAACAAAAGUAUUUCGAUUUAGUCGGUGCCAUGCCCUCGGCUGGGGGCGUGGCAUUAAGGUUACUUAGAGAAUUCUUGUAGAAGUGAUUUUGUAUCGUAGUGAUUUUGACAACAACUUAGUCAUAAUUAGUUCCUACUCGAACUAAGCCAAGACAGACGGACGCAGCCGAAGUAUGUUUUCGUUCUUCAAUUAUUUUGUUUUAUCAUUGACUUACUCUGUAAAUUAUCGACGCCCUAAUUCAAAUAAUCAUGACAUAUUACCAACUACCAAUUACCAAUACACAAAGACCCGCUGCCCCCAACUAAAAGGGGCAGCAAAAAAAAUCGCAUUAAAAAAAUAAUAAAACCUAUUGAAACAACCAAAGUGGAUUUGUUUUGAAUACUACUAAA